CGCAGUUGCGCAUUGACGCAGGGAUGGAGAGCAGCGCGCCGCGGCCGCAGUAGGACGUCGGAACCGGACCGAGCUUCACACAAACACGACCGGAGAGACGCGGAACAAAAGAACCGGACCGGCGGCGGCAGUUCGACCCUCGGAGCCGCCUGAGGGCUCAUGGAGAGCGGAGCCGCGUCUGUCCGCACCGGGGGCGCGUUGAUCGGAAGCCUUUCAGCCCAGCGGCGCCGUUAGAUGCUCCCCGUCCAGGAUUAACCCGAUGGCUCCCAAACAUGCGCUGCUCUCCGGGCGGGUCAGGGGGGUAGACGGAGGGGACGAAGCCCGCUGUCGGUGCGGGGACGCGCGGAUGGAUGCUGUGGGGACUGUGGCCGCCUGCUCGCCCGGGAGGAGGACGCUGAGGCGGGCGGCGGACGGGACGCUGGCCCGGUGGACGGUGGUGCUGCUGCUGCUGCUGCAGAGCUCGGACGCAGCUCUGGGAGCUCGUGACGAGGAGACGAGGCCGGUCGACUCGGAACACAAAGACGAAGACGUUCCUGCCGCCGCCUGGCCGGAGGGGAAAGUGUUCACCGAGGCCAGAACGGCGGUUUGGACGGAAGCGGGAGUCGAGGCCGGGGUGUUUGCCGAGACGGGGAUUAUGGCGGGAACUGGCGCCUGGGCCGAGGUCGGCGUGGACUCGGAGGGGGGCGGCCUGCCAAGCGUGCCCAGGGGCCCUGCAGCCUGGCUGGGCCAGCAGAGGCUGCAGCCGGGGGCCCACAGGGAGCAGCCGGACCUGUCCUCGGUCCUGGAUGUCCUGGCAGAGACGCCUAAUAAACCUUUAGGGCUGCUGUCUAAAGCCGCCUGGGCAUCCAAGGCCUCCUCAUCCUCUACAACAACCACUAAAGCUUCCUCUUUGCCUUCAUCGUCCUCCUCUUCCUCUCCAGACACCAACAGUCAGACACACAACACAUCGCACAACUCCUCCAACAACGACAGUCUGGAGGAGUCGGUGAGCAGCCUGCCAGCCUGGGAUCUCCCCACCGUCCCGGAGUCGCUGCUGUCCACGGUGGGCGACCACGACAUCACGCUACCAGCCAAUGUCACCAGCCCGUUCUCCACCCACCAGUGGAACACCACCAUGCCGGUCCGCACCAGAAACACCUCGCGGCUCACGACCACGUCGACCACCACCACCACCGUCGCUCCGCUGCCGCCAACCACCGCCUCCACGUUCUCCAGCACGGCGCCCCCAGAGCCCACCACGGCUUCACCCACCACCAGCCAGGACACUGUGACCGACCUCCAGCUGACCACGGUAACCACCACGACGCCCGCGAUGACCACUCCGACUGUGACCGAGGUUGCAACGCCGCCGCCCACCUCUGGGGGCGCUGUGACAUCACCGCCACAUACCAACACCAUGGCAACCACGCAGCAAACAACUAGCCUCAAAGUUACCACGAUGACCACAACAGAACCUACAACCACCACUACAACUACACCUGCCCCCACUACCACCGCAACUACCACCGUCCUCCCAACUACCACUACUACUACCACCACCACCACUACUACUACUACUCCUGCUCCCACUACUACCACCACCGUACCUACAACUACUACUACUACUACUACUACUACUACUGCUCCCACCACGACCACCACAACAACAAAGGCUCCUCCCACCACGGUGUUCGUCCCGGUCCAAACUACUCCACCUCCUACCGUGACCCAACCACCUCCAUCCAGUACCAGCGCCGAGGAACUUCCUCUGCCUUGCAACGUGACGGAGAAGUUCUGGGUCAGAACAGUUUUGUCCAUCGAGCUACGAAGGAACCGCCUGGACCUGAUCCUGAAGCAGAACCUGUCUAAAGGCCUGAGCCACGCCCUGCAGAGAGCCCUGAACGACUCCACUGCCUCCGCUCAGGUGGAGCGAGACGACUGCAGCCCCACCAACGUGACUCUGGGCUACUACGUGACCAGCGGAAAGACCGUCUACAUCUCCUCGCUGGUGGUGGAAGCCCUCAACGUCUACGGCUUCGACAAGCUGCUGUCCGACAUCCGGCAGCACACCUCGCUGGUCAAGGCCGUCCUGGUUCCUGUGGCAACCUGGAUACCGAUUCCCAGCAUCCACCUGCAGCUGAAGACAGUGUUGAGGUUCGUCGGCCCGACAGACAACAUCUACUCCUGUAGUUUCAUCCAGAUGUUGGAGCAGAGGUUGGAAAACGCCUUCGAUGAAGCUCAGGACAAAGUGUUGGAGACGUACAACAGACUCACUGUGGAGGUUCAGAGUGUGUCCCAGGAGCCCGGCUCUCCGUCGGUGACUCUGGUCUACGUGGUGAAGAACCAGGACGCCAUUCUGAACGGAACCAUAUCCAGUGGCCUCCUCAACCAGCUGACCGCAGAGCUGGUGGGCUACUUCCUGUUCUACCCACCGCUGGUCAUCGCUGAGCCUCUUGAAUACCAUAACCUCAACACAUCGAUGGCAACCAAAAACUACUGGGUGAAAACAGUGAUCCAGGACGUAGACCGGUCCUCUCUGGAGGAGAACUACCAGAGCUUUGCCAGCCUCAUGGAGCAGCGUCUGGCUGAGCUGUUCCUGGUGGCUGGGAGGCAGGGGUCCAGGACGGUGAGGGCCAGGAGGGCCACCACGGUGGGGGGCUACACCGUCCAGAUGGUCUCCAUGCGUCGGCUGCCUGGUCCUAAGAACCCUGCUGAGAUGACGUACUACGCCCAGCAGAACGGAGCUCCCAUCACCGGAACCAACGCCGCCAAGACCCUCAGCAGCUUGGACUCCCAGACCAUGGCGCUGACGCUGGGAUACUUCGUCCAGGUCCAGGCUGAACCGGUGGUGAAGACUCCCCCCAGUAACCUGUGGAUCAUGGCCGUCCUGACGCCGCUCUUCCUCCUCUUCGUCGUCAUCGGGAUGGUGGCCUUCAUCCUCUGCAAGAGGAACCGGGUCAUGUUCAAAACCGGAGCCUUCAGGACCUUCAAGACCCGAUCCAAGACGUCGUAUCGAAGGGAGGGCAGUUAUCACCACCAGCCUGUUCAGGGCUUUGACUACGCCAAGAAGCACAUGGGUCGGACCGGCGACGACGCCACCUCGGUUACCAAGGAGACGCUGGUGCUGGGACUUCCUGUUCGAGACGCUCCUCUGUCGAUGUCGCUGGACAAGAAGGUUCACCAAGACGGAACCGGUAGCAAGAGGCCUCCAUCAGCCGAUCCGCACAAAGGAGGCCGGUUGCCAAGCGAGGAGGACGGCUCGGUGUCGAGCAACGGAUCCGGAAAGCUGAACACCAGCAAGAGCUCGUCGGCCCGAAGGACGGCGACCGGCAGCAGCAAGAACGGAAAGGAGGAGCUGCAACGGAGGAACGACCCUUAUGAAGACCACUCAGGCUCCCUCCGCCUCAUCACCAUCAAACCCAUGACAGCCCAGCCGACCUACUCCUACCCCUCGUCCUCCUCCCACAGCCAGGACUCGGUGGUCGUCAACGGGGAGGCAAACCACGGUGGGCUGAAGCAGAAGUCGGACAUCGAGCACUACCGGAACAAACUGCGUCAGAAAGCUCGGAGAAAAGGCUACGGCGAGUUCUCGCUAUCUGAGACCGGUAGCCACGGUUACAGCCACCGCGACUCCAGGCACAGUCGCCACGACAACGGAGUCAAAGAACCAAUGACUGCCGAGGAGAAGAGGGCUUCGUUUGCAGGAUGUCAUAAGAGGUACUCCCACCCACGAGAGCCCACCUACUGGAGCCGGCAGUCCCUGAGCAGCCCGAGUCCGGUGGAGACGGAGAUGGACCUGCUGGUUCUGAGGGAAAGAUCCAGGAGGGGAAUCCGCAACAACGGCUACGAUGGCGAACCGGAGCCGUUCGAGGAGACCAACGUAGACCGUCUGAUGAGCUCCCUCGGCUAUGGAGGCGGAUCCACCGGAACCGGCACCGGCAGCCUGGGGGUCAAGGCCCACCGCGGCUCCGACUCGUCCACGCUCAGCUCGCAGCCGUCCAUCGACGAGGUCCGCACGCAGAUGCACAUGUUGCUAGGCAACGCCUUCAGCCUGGCGCCGCCGGACCACGACCCCCCCUCACCACCGACCAGCCACCACCAUCAUCACCACCACCACCCCCACAGCGCCUACAACCCGUCCCACACCAGCCACUACAGCGACGGGGUGACCAGCGCCCCGGGGACCAUGAACCAUCCAUGUGGAGGCCGACAGAGGAGCACCGGAUACGAGGACAUGCACCAGUGCAGCCUGCCCAAACCGGGUUUCCGGUUCACCCAGCUCCCUGACAUGGGCAUCGGUUCUCCUCCUCCACUGAUCCCAUCCAGACCAGGACCUCCACCUGGAACCUCCCUACGACGUUCCACCCCUGACGUUAGUCUGAAGCCUCGAGUGACGGAAGCCUCGGACCUGCAGGCCCAGCAGCACAACGGCGCCCCCUACCUGCCGCUGUCCAGGACGCCCUUCCCCGCCGUCACCGUGGACCAGUCCAUCACCACCUACUCAGGAAACCCAAUAACAGCCGUCUACGCGAUAUCGGCCAACCGCCCCGGCUACUCGGAUUACUUCGUCAUGUCGCCGCCGUCCUCGUACCGGAGCCCGUCCUGGAUGUCGUAUCCACCGGAACCGGAAGACCUGCCGAGGCAGUGGAACGACACGCCGAACUCACGUCACCUGGAGACCAUCUGCUGAAGUCGUCCUCCUGCGACACUGAGUGGAAACAGCCAAAAGCUCGGUGCCUCUUUGGACCUUUGAGGACCCCCAACUCCCUGAAAUCUCUCCAGAGCUCCAUCUUCCCUCCUGGGCUUCGUCCUUCCAUCCUAAUCCCCUCCAGCGUCCCACAGUUCCUCCUGGACCUCCUUCAGCCAUAAUCCCAUCUUAUCUUUCUGUAUUCUGAGCCCCUCGGCCUCCACCUACCGGGUUCUGCAGAGUCCUGCGGAGGCCCGAGACACUGCUGAACUGAGCUGAGCUGAACAGAACGCAGCGCUGAGCGACUCUGCCAGCCAUUGAUCGAUUGAUUGAUUGAUUGAUUGAUUGAUCGUACAGUAACUGCCAUCUGACCCAGCACUCGAUGGCUGCCAGCGCUGCUCCGUUACAGCGGUGAUAACUGGACCGAACCGGGCCGAGCCGAGCUGAGCCGUCCUGGACUCUCUUCCCCACCACGAAGCUGGGAAAAUGCUCGGACUGUCUCGAAACUGUGCUUUUUAUUGACGAAUCCAAAUUCCUACAGUAUGUAAACCUUCUACGGCUGGUUAAUAUGUGUAUUUUAAAACUACUCGAGUAGUAUAAUCUGAGGAAAAAGGAAAAAAAAAUCUCUCGUCUUGAGCUGUCUACAAUUUCAGUUUUUGGAUAUUUGUGUGCUUUUGUCUUUUACUUUUGUGCAUUGAUUAUUAUUAUCAAUGGGAUUAUUGUACAAAAAAAAAGAAAACCAGUGAGUGUUCUUUCAUUCACCUGAUUUUGAGGCAAAAAAUAUCUCGGAGGGCUGAGAAGUCGGCGGCUUUAGUUGUCUGUGGUUGAUGGCAUUUCUGUACUUUUUAAAAAGAACUACUCUUCGUUUUUAUCUUUUUUCCUUCAUCGGACUCGAAAAACAAAGGAUUAGUCGCUACGUUCCGUCCAUCAUCUGAUUAUUAAAGUUUCUGUCUGCAGACUCGAGUCAAACCCGACAAAAUCCUGCAGUUCUGUGAUUUGUAGCUUUGCAGACUUUAAAAAAAAAAAAAAAAAAAAAAAAAGAAGCUGCAUUCGAAGAGAUUUCAGCUCCGGUUUGACUCGAGUCUAUGAUUCUGUGAACUCUUAAAAAAACAGUUCUUUUACUUGAAAGGUGUCUACUGUAUUCUACUGUAUAAGGAACUUUUUUUGGGGUUAUUUUUUGGUCUUUCUUGGGGAACCGCCGGGUCGAUGUUGGAUUGCGGUGUAGUGUGAGGGCUGUAUAUGUAAUGAUUAAAUGUAUUCCUGUACAUAGCAGAUGAUCUAACGAAGAGAUUUAUGCAAGCUAGCGCGGGAGGGAAACUUUGCUUGACAUUGUUCUGAUGCCAUCUUCCUUUAUUCUGUCUCCAUUUUUGUAACUUUUCCCAACAUUUCGAACACGAUCCAUCACCAAAAAGGAAGCAGGUUGAGAGGUUGAAGCGAGCUAAUGUCAUCAUUUAUGUUUGGAGCAAAGCUAAUAGCCAUAAUAGUUGGAGAAUAAUGCAAUUUCUUUUGGAGAAUGUGAUGGUUUUUAAGUAUAUCGAGCCUCAUUUUUACUGAGGAGGACUGGAUUUGUGGGAGCACGCUGUAUGUAAAACUCCUCAUCGCUUAGAUGGUACUAAAGGAGGAAAUAGCCAUAACUUACCUUCACCAAGUGGACAGAAAGACAUGCAGCGUUGUUUCAAAAUGAUGCCAAAUGAGAGUAUAUUAGAAAAGAUAGAGAUGGUAUAAAUAUAAAUACAUGUGAAAAUAGAUGAGAUAGAUUUAGUUGAACAUGAAACGAGCACUUUUAUAUUAAAAAAAAAAAAAAAAAAGCCCAAAGUUUGGAGGAAUCGAUGCACAACUGCUGUUUUACCCCAUGAAUCUGCAAAACGUUGUAGAAAUAUGUAAAGCCUGGAACUGGAAAUGCAAAAUUGUCAUUUAAAAAAAGAAGUUUUUGUAGCUACCGGUGAUAAUAACUGAUCAGAGGAAGCGUUUAUAUCAUAAAAUAAGUCACAAAGUGAGACAAAAAUGAUGAUUUAUAGCCAGAUUUGAAUGUUUUUUGAGUCGAAAUGCUUAAAUUUGACAGUUUAAGGCCCAAAAAUCAAGUCUGGCAGCUUUAAAACUGCAUUUUCACCCAUUAAACCACUUUUAGAAGAGGAGAGAUUUGCAGAAAAGAUGUUUUAAUUGCAGAAUUAACGUAGUAAAUGUGGAAAAAAAAUUGAUUUUCAGGCUGUCUUUGGUCAAAAGUUGUUCUCUUGACCUCUAACAUUGAUGAUUCAUUCAGCAUUUUGACCAUUUAGAUUUAUAAAAAAAAUAUGUUUCGAAUGUGGAAAUAACAUAGGAAAUGUGGUGAAAGAAACAUUUUCAAGCUGUUGUGGGUCAAAAGUUGGGUUCCUGACCUCAGAUUUAUGAAAAUCUUAGCUGCUGCUUCACUUCUAUGAACUUUUUUCUCCCAAUAAAUUGGAGUUUUAAAAUACUUUUGCAUCCUUAGUACAAGAUUGUAGCUACUAGUGAUGGUAACUGAGGAGUUUACAUUAUAGAAUAAGACAUAAAAUGAUGUGUUUUGGCCAGAUUUGGAUCUUUUUUGAGUCGAAAAACUAAAAUUUGACAGUUUUAGGUGAGAGUUUUGACAGAAAACAUGUUUUAAUUGUCAAAUUAACUUUGAAAAUGUUCUUUUUUCCCACAUUUUCUGACUGGUUCAAUAAAUGGACUUCUGACCUCAGAAAAUGUAAAAUUUUAGCUGCAGCGCAGCUUAAAGUGAAACUAAAUAAGGUCUUUUUCCAGUUCAGGUGUUUAUUUGAGAUCCCCUUCUUCUCUAAAUAAUAAAUAUUAGAUGUGAAUCUUUAGGGAAAACAAGUGAAGGUAUGAGGUUUGUGUUUUUGAAUCAUGUUUCAUCCUGUUUUAACUCACUGUACAGACUCAUGAAGAUAAAAUCGCCUCCACUCACCUUUAGUUUGACUUGUUCAGAGGGUCGGGAGGGUUUCGGACUCGAUGCUGUAAGUUGAUGUGCAAUGUUUGUGCUUUACACGAGUAGCGGCGAGACGCUUUCACCGGCAACGGACUCGGAGACGGACGACUGUCAGAGUUUUUUUUUCCCGCCGUUUGAGCCGCGUCACGAUGCUGCUGUGACGUCGUGGCGGCGCUGAUGAUGUCACACUGUUGUCACUCGGGUGUCGAAGUCGCAGUGACGACAAAAUACGAAUGCUGUUGGAUGUAGUUAUGCAGAAAAAAUUUUUUGGUGAAUUUAAACAAUAAAGACGAAUUACAAACCUCG